AUGCGAUUUUUAAACUCCUUAUAUUUUUCAUUAACAGCCUGCCAUGACAGGGUAGAUUUAGUUUUCCUAUUAGAUGCCUCAGGGUCAGUAGAACUGGCUAAUUUCAACAAGGAAAAAGAUUUUAUUGCUCAGUCUAUAUCACGAUUUGUUAUUAGCCCAAAGGAUGCGCAGGUUAGUGUUGUUACGUUCUCUAACCAACCUGCCAAUGCAUUCAACUUGAACCAAUACCAGAACAAAGCUUCAAUAGUGUCUGGAGUUAAUCAAAUACCUUACGUAGCCGGAGGAACAUAUACAAGCUCAGCGUUAGCCUACGUCAGAGAAAACAGUUUUACUCCAGGAGCAGGGGACAGACCAAAUGCACGCAAUGUUCUUGUUGUGAUGACGGACGGAAAAUCAACUGAUCCCAUGCAGACUGUUCUCGAAGCGGCAAAACUGAAACAAUCAAAUAUUACAACAAUUGCACUAGGGAUAGGAAGUGGGGUUGAUCAACAGGAGCUCAACACUAUUGCUUCAUCAUCAGCAUAUGUUUUGAACGUUAACGACUUUGAUGCCCUUAGACUUGUGUAUGGUGCUAUUCAUGAAAUAAGUUGCAUCAUCGAUCAAACUACAACUCCAAUUCCAACGACAACUCCUAUUCCAACUACAACACAAGAGCCUAAGACACAGGAACCAGGAACAAAAGAACCAACCACACAGGAGCCAACUACUAAAGAGCCAGCUACACCCCAACCAACACCUGUAGUGUGCCGUGACAAGGCAGAUCUUGUUUAUCUCCUAGACUCAUCAGGUUCAGUUGGAAUUGGUAAUUUUAAGAAAGAGCAAAACUUUAUUUCACAGUCCUUGUCCCGGUUUGUUAUAGGACCAAAUGACACACAAGUCAGUGUUGCAAUGUUUUCAAAUGAACCAGUAAGUGCUUUUAACCUGAGCGAUUACCAAGACAAAUCUUCUAUUGUUACUGCAGUUAAUAACAUGACCUAUAUAGCAGGGGGUACUUAUACCAGUUCAGCUCUUGCAUUUAUCAGAGAUAUCAGCUUCUCACCCGAGGCUGGCGGUCGGCCAGACGCACGUAAUGUCUUAGUUGUAAUAACUGAUGGAAGAUCAACUGAUCCUGCACAAACUAUCAAGGAGGCUAACUCCCUACAUAAGACGAAUAUAUCUGUCAUAGCAGUAGGCAUUGGAAGCGGAGUGGACAAGAAUGAGCUCAAUGUAAUUGCAACUGAUCCACAAUACGUUUUAAAUGUUGAUGAUUUCAAUGCAUUGAAAAGGAUUUAUGGUUCAGUUCACGCACUGGCAUGUAAAAUUAUUAAUAAUGUUUCUGGUGCCGGAACAGGAUCUUCUGUUGGCAAAGUUACAACUGCUAAACCUGGAGGCGGUAGUACAACUUCUUCAAGCGGCGGUGCAACUUCUGGUGUCUCUGGUGGUGUUUCUUCCGGAACUGGUACUGGAAUUGGUGGUGUUGGUGGAUCUACUAGCAAUCCGGUAACUGCCACAUCUGGAGGUAAAACUCCUCUUCCCCAAGCUGGAUUAACACCUGACACAUUAACACCAGACAAUUUUACAGAUUACAAUCAUACGGACUGUAGAGAUUUAAUCAACUGUCGCCCGUAUAUGAAAGAAGAGAUUUGCCCAGAUAGUAGUAGUUACCAUCCUUGGGCAAGUGUUAGAUGCAGGGCAUUUUGUGGUUUUUGUAAUGUCAAUACAACAUCGCCACCAUGUGUAGACAAAAUAUCAAACUGUGAUGAGUAUGACGCAGAUCUUUGCACAAACCCAUUAUACAGGCUUUUUAGGGAGGAUAACUGCGAACUGUUUUGUGGACUUUGCAAACCACCAAUCAAUACAACACCACCACAUUGCGUAGACCAAGUAACAAACUGUAAUGAGUAUGACGAAGCAAUACAUGAAUUUUGCUCAGACCCAUUACACAGGCCCUUUACAGAAACCACUUGUCCACUGUAUUGUGGAUUUUGCAUAACAGUAGAUUCGAGUGCUAGACAACCACCACGAUGAAGAAGAAGACAUUUUUUUCUCCUCUGAUGCUUACCAAACAUUUAUCUAAUAGUAAAUACAGAAUUUGAAUUAACACAAUAUUGUCUGAAUGUGAGCCAUAUCACAUACUUUUUAAAAUAAAUUUUCGGUCGAAAAUUUUCAAAAAACUUUUACCAUGUUAAGAGAAUACUGGUUACCCGCGGUAUUGAAUACUGCCGGGAGAUACUCGUUUAUAUUAAUUUAAACAAUGCCAAUUCUACAUGUUCUAGAUUGUAAAAUAAUAACGCAUAU